AUGGCUAGUACGCGUGUACAAUAUGAUUCCGACGACGAUACACUGCUUGUCAAAUACUUGGCCAAGUAUAAUCCUGGCGUUCAAGGCCGUAAAGGCAACAAAGUCUAUCAGACGCUGACUCUGAAUGCAGACAAGAAGUGGGCUUGGGCUAGUCGUCAUCCAUGGGGCGGUUGGCGCGAACGCUAUAUGAAGCACCAAGCCGAGUUUGACCAACGCAUCAAGAAAUAUCAGAUCCGCAAGAAUCUCCCAACAGCGAAUCCAGGGCAUGUCAAUGGGACGAAAAAGACUGUUGACUCUGAAAUCGAAAGCGACACCAAUGCAGGUCGCAAGCGGAAAUAUGUUCCGUCUACCAUACCGAGGAAGAAAGCUAAAGCUGAGCAACGGGAGGAAGAAGAGGAGGAUGAGCCCGCGCCAGAGAUUCUUGAGGCAGUCGAAAGUUCGAGCGAGUCAAGCGAGGCAUCCCAAAUUGUGCCCAAUAUUAAUAUAUAUCCGAGCCUCGAUUCGGUUGCGAAACCCCAUCCAGCUAAACCGAGACCCCUUAUUCCUCGAUCAACCAUUGUCGACAACGAUUUCGUCUCUUUGCCACCAACACCCGCAGACACCGUCUCCCGGCCUCCGACAACAGCAUCUAAUAAGAGCGAAGAAAGCUCAUCCGAAGAGGAUGAUCCGCGGCCGCCAAUGCCCCGCAGACUUGCUCGGAUUGACGAGGGGCCUUUCCGUAGCAAGCUGGCUGUGGGGAAGCCCCAUCGAAAGCUAUUGGCGGAAGGCGACAGUGACAGUGACGACCAAGCGGGCCCAUGGCCUCCGAUUCGCAGCUCGCAACAAGCAGCGAAAGGAGCCCAGCUUUUGCCUGCCAAAGCCCAUACGAUCGUCAAGAAGCCCUUUCGAAAGUUAUUACUGGAUAGCGAUAGCGAUGACGACGCAACCCCAAAUCGUAGCCAGCCGCCAAAACCAUCACCUGCUAAACUCACACCAUCCGCUAAUAGAAAGCCGCGAUCCCCCCGUCCAGGCCAGCCUGUUUUCCCGAAAGAACAAAAGCCUGCCCAAGUAGUGGUCGAAAAACGCAAGGUGGCCACCGGUCACAUACCACAAGUCAAUGCCAUUGCAUCUUCAUCCAAAGUACACCUUACUCCCGCCAAACCCCCUCCGUUGGGAGUUCCUAAUCCGCCGAAAGGACGAAAGGGUUUGCAACCCGUGGUCGGAAUAACCAAGGUUGACACCAGUCGUAUACAACGAGUCAAUGCUGUUGCAUCUUCGUCCAAAGUACAACUUACUCCCGCAAAACCUUUUCCGUUGGGAGUCUCUGCUUCGCCGAAAGAACGAAAUGCGGCUCAAGCCGUCAUCGAAAAACCCGAUGUUGCCACCAGUCGCAUACCCCAAGUCAAUGCAAUUACAUCUUCUUCCAAAGUCACUCCUGCACAACCUCACCGCUCAACCAGCCCUCUUGACUGGGGAUCACCGAUUGGUGGCCAUUCCCCCACGCCUCGCACUCCCACAAGCCCUUUCGAUUUGACCACUUUGCUCACUCCUGAAGACGAAAUCAGCUCGCAUGACGCUGCCCCUGCCAAAAGACAUCCUCUUCGCAAUCUAGCCCAACCUAAUCAACCACCACAGAAGCUGUUCUUCGCUGGCCGACGGUCACGCAACGAGGCGCCUCGCUCUGUCAUCAGCGAGCAUGAAUCAACACGCCGUUCCCGUGCACCAAGUCCCAACACUGACGCGAAUUCACAGCGAUACCAGCUUCCUUCUCCCCCGCGCGCAAGCCUCUCCCGCCAACACCCCCGGUCCCCGCUUUCUGGACAAGGCAAGCGCACUUCCCAGUUCGAAAGCACGUUCAGUCGACGCAUCAAUAAUAACCGUCUCUUGUCGGUGGUGGCCGACCACGACGUUGCUCGGAGACGCAGUCUUCCCGCUAUCGAUUUCCACAAAAAAACGAUUGUGAUGCCGCGCCAAUCACUCCCGGCGCCGCAACACCGUCGCGUUAGCGCUCCCCAACCUCGCGGGCCACGAGAAAGCUCGAUAUUCCCCACCCGUGCCUCUCUUGGAAAUUCCCCUGAUGAGGACACAGCGGUGAAUGCGGAUCUUUCGGCGCAGGUGUUCGUGGCAAUGGCGAAAAACCAUGGGUUUGGGGUUGACGUGGUGAGGAACUUGUUUGCGCGGACGCGGAAUUUGGAAAAGACGGACGCUUUGCUACUGAGAUUGCGGGAGAAAUCGGAGGCUGCUGUGGAAGCGAUGCUUCAGGAAGAAGAUGAUCAGCCACCACCGCCAGUUUUGGCCCAUCGACGAAACGUCUCGGGGAGCUCGUCAGUACGGACACCGCAAUCCGGAGCCUUUUCUGUAAAAUACCGCUCUUCCAGUCGACGACGCAGCUCCCGGUUGCCUGAUGACGAGGUUUUUCGGCCCAAACGCGUCGACAUCGACAGUGACGAUGUUUUGGAGUAUACGCCGCCUUCGGGCUCACGUGCCGCUGCUCUAGUAAGACCGAUUCGGAAGAGCCGCGAAUUUGCGGCCGGUCUAUCAGCAUCGAUGCGUGAAGCGAAGAUCGAUAGGUCUGGUGGUAGUUCAAACUCUAGCCACCAGCCAAAGCCGCUUCCCGCAGUCGAUAUGGAGGAUUUGUUGAAGGGGGACAUUAGUACUUUGCGCGAGCUGGAGCAGCAGGAUAUGGAUGUAGCUGUAGAAAUGGCAGAGAAGUUUGCUAGGUAUAUCCUGGAGGCUAGCGAAUAA